CGUUGUGCUGAACGGUCUUUUUUCGCUCUCGCUCGCUCUUUUUUUGACGAAAAUACAUUUUUUGUAAUAACAUAUUUAUCAUUAAUUGUUCGUAUAUCAUUGUGCGCUGUGUCAAUCGUGUGAAUCGGGCGCGUGCAUGUUUUUUUUUUCGCAAUUCAGUCGAUCGCGCCCCGCCAUAUUCUUAGUGUUUUUUAAGUUAGACAAGACGAGAAGUGCCGAGUGCAAAACCAAAUCAAAUCAAAAAAAAAACGAAAACGGAGAGAGGAAACGACGUCGACAAAAUGAAAAUGCAUUUGUGAAUUUUCGCCCCCCGCCCCAAAACACUUGACUCAACGUACACACACACACACUCAUACACACAGACAGAGCACAGCCCAACGAACUCGCAAAAGGAUUGAGAGAAGAAAAAACACGCGGCCAGUUUAGGGCCUAAAAACGAAGGCCUUGGAUACAGAAGUAGAAGCAGAAGGAGCAACACCCAACAAACCAACAAACAGACAACAGACAAUGGCGCUAGUGACAGUGCAGCGUUCGCCAAGUGUGGCGGGCUCAUGCUCAAAUUCGGAUGGCGAGGCCGAAGACGAUGAGGGUAAUAGCAAUAACAAAAGCGAACGCAGCGAAUGUUAUUUUGCUGGCAAAGGCACCGCCUUGGUCCUGGCGCUUAAGGAUAUACCGCAGCAUGCUGAGCGACGCCUCAGCACAGACUCCACGCGCUCCAGCAACAGCACGCAGAGCAACAACUCGGACAUUCAGCUGCAUCUGCAGUCCAUGUUCUAUUUGCUGCAACGCGAGGACACCUUGAAAAUGGCUGUUAAACUGGAGUCGCAGCGUUCGAAUCGAACGCGUUAUCUUGUGAUUGCCUCGCGUAGCUGUUGCCGCACGGCGGCUUCCGGCGAGCGACGCACCAAAAUCAUGCGUCACAAUUCGGUCAAGACAACGUCGACAGCGACGACGACGAGUGGCACAUCAGCACAGACUCCUGGUACACCUGUUGCACAACGCCAGCUAUCCGUGGAUAGUCACAGAACACAGCAGCAGCAGGAGGAGGCAGCAGCGAAGCGUCUGUCGUCGAGCAAUGCCAAUCGUCAAAGCCUAAAAUGUGAUGCAGAUGGUCGAGGAGUAGGAGUUGGAGUUGGAGAGGGUGCCGAUAACAACAAGAAUACCUCAGGCAUGGAGGAGUCAUGUCUGCUGGGCAUUGACUGCAACGAGCGCACCACCAUUGGCCUGGUUGUGCCCAUACUCGCUGAUACCACCAUUCACCUGGACGGUGACGGCGGCUUUAGCGUCGCCGUCUACGAGAAGACCCACAUAUUUAAGCCCGUAUCGGUGCAAGCGAUGUGGUCGGCGCUGCAAACGCUGCACAAAGUGUCUCGAAAGGCUCGUGAAAACAAUUUCUAUCCCAGCGGACCGUCGCACGAUUGGUUAACCAGCUACGAAAGUCGCAUAGAGUCCGAUCAGUCGUGUUUAAACGAAUGGAAUGCCAUGGAUGCGCUCGAGAGUCGUCGCCCCCCCUCACCAGAUGCCAUAAGAAACAAGCCAACCGCCAAGGAGGAAACUGAAAGUGUCAUUAAAAUGAAGCUCAAAGCUAUCAUGAUGUCGGUGGACUUGGAUGAGGUCACCUCCAAGUAUAUACGAGGACGCCUCGAGGAUAUUUUGGACAUGGAUCUGGGCGAGUACAAGUCAUUUAUCGAUGCCGAAAUGCUGUUGAUAUUGGGUCAAAUGGAUGCGCCAACCAAAAUAUUUGAGCACGUCUAUUUGGGUUCGGAAUGGAAUGCCAGUAAUCUGGAGGAGUUGCAAAAGAAUGGUGUGCGACACAUUCUGAAUGUAACGCGAGAGAUUGAUAACUUCUUUCCCGGCACUUUCGAGUACUUCAAUGUGCGUGUCUAUGACGAUGAGAAGACUAAUCUGCUCAAGUAUUGGGACGACACAUUUCGCUAUAUAUCGCGUGCCAAGGCCGAAGGUUCCAAGGUGCUGGUGCAUUGCAAGAUGGGCGUAAGUCGCUCGGCUUCAGUGGUUAUUGCCUAUGCAAUGAAGGCCUACAAAUGGGAGUUUCAACGUGCGUUGCAGCAUGUGAAGGAGCGUCGCAGUUGCAUUAAGCCGAACAAGAACUUUCUUAAUCAAUUGGAGACGUACAGCGGCAUGCUGGAUGCCAUGAAGAACAAGGAGAAGCUGCAGCGCAGCAAGAGUGAGACGAAUUUGAAGAGCACAAAGGAUGCACGCCUGCUGCCGGGCAGCGAACCAACGCCAUUGAUUCAAGCACUCAAUCAGGCCAAAUCCAAGUCGACCAUUGAGACGGGAACAGAACCAGAGCCAGAGGAUAGCCAUCACCAGCAUGGCCAUCGCGGCCAUCAGCAUCGCAGGAGCAGCGCACAAAAACAGCGACGCAUGUUGCGACGCUCGAGCAGCACAUCGCCGAAGACCCAAAGUGCCGUUGAGGUGACCAAACAGCAAAGCCAGUCCAUGGAGAAUUUAACACCCGAACGCAGCGUGGCCGAGGAGCCAAAAAACAUGCGAUUCCCGGGCAGCAAUGGUGAGAACUAUAGCGUCACUCAGAAUCAGGUGCUGCACAUUCAGAAGCACACACCGCUGUCGGUACGUACGCGUGUCCAUGAUCUCGAGGCCCAUCAGGAGCCGCCGCGUCGCAGUCUGCAGACGCAGCUGCAACAAUCUGCGGCUCAGGCGCCAACAGGACAAACAUCGCAGCAACCCCAGCAAUCGCAAGGUACCGUCUGGACAUCGCUGUCCAAGCUGAUAACACAAACAUCGUUUACACGACGCGAUUCCAGCUCAUCGGAGGUGUUCACCAGCAGCAAUGCGACGCCAGUGGAGGAGCGAGAGAAACGUCAGCGUCGCAAAACACAAUCGUGGACGGAAUCGUUUGGUCCCAGCGGUGGCAUUAUACUCGAUGCGGUGCCCCAACAGCAAUCCCAAGUCACGUCCAGCGCUGCUGUGGUGCGCACUCGAGGACCGCGUCAGAGGGAGUUGCCAUCGCGUCAUGCCAGCUGGGGAUCGGGCGACAAUCGCAGCAGUUUGCCGCUGCGGACGAGUUCCUGCAGCUAUUACGAUAGCAAUCGCAAUACAACCGCCAUUUUCGAGGGUGAAAUUCAGGAUCUAAAGCGUAGCAGCAGCAGCACUUGCAGCACAGCAAGCAAUUGCAAUGCCAGCGAAACAACAGCAGCAGCAUCGCAACUGGGCACUGUGAAACGAACCAAGCAGAAGCUGGAAGAGAACACUGGGUUGAAGAAGCGUUGUCAGGAGAACGAGCUGGAUGAGUUGACUUCAGCGGCGGCGACAGCUGGAGAGAAAAAGAGUGCCAAUCUGUUUCGCAGUGCAUCGUCGGUGGGCAGCACGCGACAGCGGCAACCGAUGCGUUGCAACAGCGAGGAGCUGAUGCACACCAGCGAUAUUGAGAACAAGAAUACAUCCGCCGAUUUGGUGGUUGUGUUGCGCACACAAAGUCAGGCCGUGGCUGAGGAUCAGCGUAUAUCGGGCAAUGUGCAAAUACUCAAGCAGAACUUUGAAGCCAAAGCAGCAGUGGUGGGCGGAGGAGCCAGCGGAGGCGGGACGAGCAACGUUGUAGCUGCAACAGCGUCAACAACAACAACAACUGCAGCAGCAGCGGCAGCUGGAAAUGCGAAUGCCACAAAGAAAGCGACACAUCAAUCACUGCCCUCAUCGCCAGUGGCACAGCAUGUGGAUCAUGUGUUGGUGGACAAUGUGGCUGCCAGUUCGAGCAGUGCAUCGUCGUCCAGUGCAUCAGCAUCGGCAUCGGCAUCAGCAUCGGCAUCAGCCAAUUCAUCCGACUCCAGCGUAAGCGAAACUUGUGAUCGUAAUGUAAAAGGUCUAGUGCAUAAAUAUCAAACCACUUCUCGUAGUAACAAUCAAGCUGCUGUCGCCACAACACUGCCGUCGCCACCCACCACCGCAACGAUCACCGCCGCAUCAUCAACAACAAUAGCAACAGCAGCAGCAGCAACAACAGCCAGCAACAGUAAUAGCAAUAUGCUUAGCUUUAGGCCACGCCCGCGCUCCUAUUACGAUCGAUCGCUGUCGAAUCGAGCUCACGAUUACAGCGAGAAUCGACCACCGCCCGCUCCUGCCCGUCACAAUCUGAAUCAGCAGCAGCAACAGCAUCAUCAUCAACAUCAACAGCAGCAACAUAACAACGCCAUGGAGCAACAGCAGCAACAAGUGCAGCAUCGUCGUCUAGCGCAGCAUGGAAAAACGCAUCCACUCACUAGGCUAAGUUUACCAAAGCAAAGCUUCAACACCGCUGCAUACAAUACCAUCCUUUACCGCAUGAUAGCGACGUUUCGUUAUUCCUGGUCCGAGUACAAGAAGUGAUGAGAAAUUGGAACAACCUUGAGAACCUUGACGCGAUCAGAGCACUGACUAACUACCAUAUAUAUGUUUUUGAUUAAUCUAUGUACACCAUUAUACAAUAAUGCUAGUAAAUACUAGAAAGAGAGGGUGAGAAAGUAAACCAAUUAAAUUUACUUAUUUCAUUGCCAAUAUGAGUCAUUGUUGUGCGUGAGUGUUGGUUUGUAUGUGGGCCACCCAUGCGAGUGUGAACUUAAAAGUCAACUUUCACAUAACAGCCCACAAUCUGGCAAUUUUCAAUUGUUGGUUUUUGGCAAUUAACAAUUAGUUUACCUGCCGGUUUUGGAGUUGCCUAUAUAAAGACACAGAUAAUUUCAAAUAUUUGAAGUUGCGCGCCUUGCCCAACAGGUUUGCUAGUUCUGCUUAGUAUGUUUUCGAACGCAGUUGGCAGCCCCACAAAACUUACUAUGCUCUUGACAAUUGUGUAAUGUAUUCAAUUAACUAAUUUAGCUCAAAACAUGUUAUGGAAAUUGUGUCGAUUUGAAAAAAGCUGAUAAAUAUUGUAUUAAACAAUUGCAUAGCCAGCGAAUUCAGCAAAAAUGCAAAUAGACCAAAUAAGAGCAUAUUUGGCUUUGCCAGCAACGGUCACAUUUCAACUAGCUCACACACAAACACCGACACACACACACAACGACACACACGCACACAAAUGCGCACUUGACUUCCAUAGUUUCUUUAUAUAUUUUUGUGCAGAAAAAAAAAUAGGUUGGCAAGAAUUGCCGCUAAAGUAAACGAAAUUUUAAAGUAAACGCGAUUUUGCUGUUGGCGUUGCAGCAACGUUGUGUGUGGUGCGGAUGUGUAUAAUCCCUAAAUAAUAACAAUAAUGCCAGAAGUUGCAGCUGGCUGAAAACACAAAAAAAACAAA